AUGUCUUAUGUGUUAUCCACUAGACCAAAGUUGAUGUAUUUGACAAACAAGCAAUUCCAAGUAAUCAGCAAACGAUUGUUAUCAAGAACAAGCAAGACAUCUAGAGCAUCGUCAAGACUACUAAAUUUAUCAAAGAACAUCUUCAAAACACCUAGACCUGACCAUCAAAGGCAAGGAAAGAAUGUCGCUUUUGUCUCUGGCAUAAUAAUUGUUGGCUCUUAUAUUGUGUUUAACCAAUCCAAUUAUUAUAGCUUGGAUACAUUACCUCUGCAGCAAGCGCAAUUGACAGCUGCCCAGACUAAUGCAGCAGCAGCAUCAGCAGCAUCAGCAGCAGCAGCCGGAGCGGGAGGAGCAUUUGGCGGGGCAGGAGCCACUGGCUCAAGACCACCUCAGUUGUUGGAUGACAAGAAGUUCUUUUCAACCAGUACGUCUUCUAUGCACCAGCAAAACAGCAUAAGCCAUCAACAACAUAAGGAAGGGAUCUUUUUGCUAAAUGAUGAGCAAGUAGACACUAAAUUACGUCAAUACGAGGAAAGUUACUAUGUGAAUAGAGGAAAAGGUGUUACGAGGUACGACAUUUGCCAGCUUCCUUCAAACUCCCCUAUAGAGGACGAUAGGGCAGAAGAGAUUAUCCAAGUACCCAUUCUACAAGAUAACAAUAUCAAAACCACCACUGAUUGGAUGUUUUUUGGUGUGUUUGACGGACAUGGGGGUUGGACUACUAGCUCUAAGUUGAGGGAUGAGAUGAUCAAUUACGUUAUCAAUGAAUUGGGUACCAUUUACAAACCAGUUCAAGGUGAAGAAAACUUGAGGUAUGUUCCCAAUAGCGCUACAAUUGAUCAGGCUAUUAAGAAUGGGUUUUUGAAAUUGGAUCACGAGAUUGUUAACAAGAAUAUCGAGAAGUUGCUUACGGAUGGAAACAAGGCGAAAGCAGCCGAGUUGUUAAUGCCGGCAUUAUCAGGCUCUUGUGCUCUUUUGGCUUUUUACGACACCAACUCCAAGAUGCUAAAAGUUGCAGUGACUGGUGACUCGAGAGCUAUCUUGGGCUCGUACAAGAACAACCACUGGACCGCAAGGCAAUUAAGCAUUGAUCAAACAGGCGCAAAUCCAACUGAGGUUGCAAGAAUUAUCAGCGAACAUCCAGACGAACCAAAAGUUAUUCGCAAUGGUCGUGUAUUGGGAAGCUUAGAGCCAACGAGGGCUUUUGGAGAUUGCCGAUACAAACUUCCUGCCUCAAUCCAGGAGAGAAUCUAUAAGCAGUUUUUUGGUAAAAGAUUACCGAAUAACUUAAAGUCUCCACCGUAUGUGACGGCAGAACCUGUUAUUACAUCAACCAAGAUUAAUCCAGAUAACAAUGAGUUUUUGGUCAUGGCAAGCGACGGUCUCUAUGAGAUGCUAAGCAACGAGGAGAUUGUGGGGCUAGUUGUCAAAUGGAUGGAGAGGGAAAAAAUGAUCAAGCCACAAAAGUCCUUUUGGAACUUUUUUGGAACCGUUGGUGAGAACAAGCUACCAGAAGUUGAAGAUAUCACAAUGGACAAGGCAAGCAAAAAGCCCUUGAGACGCAGUAGCGGUGGCGGUUUCUUACUCCAGGACAAGAACGUUUCCACCCAUUUGAUCCGUAAUGCAUUGUCCAAUGGUGGAUCAAAAGAACAAACAUCGAUGAUUAUCUCGAUACCAAACCCAGUGUCAAGAAGGUAUAGAGAUGACUUGACAGUGACUGUGGUAUUCUUUGGUGCGAAUCCAAUGAUGGACGGUAGUACUGGCGGAGUUAAUGAGGCAGGUAAGUUGGAGAUCAAUGCUGAAGCAACUGCUGGUGGUCCCGACGCAUCAAAGCCAAAGUUGUGA